AUGCCGCCGUUGAAUCCGGACCUGUUUUCCCGGCAGGCCGCGGAGUACGCGCGGCACCGUCCGCGAUACCCCCCCGCGCUGUUCGCGUUCCUGGCGGAGCUCUGCCCCGCGCGCGAGCUGGCGUGGGACGUGGGCACGGGCAACGGGCAGUGCGCCGCCGAGCUGGCGGGUACGUUCGCGCGCGUGGUGGCGACGGACAUCAGCGCGGCGCAGCUGAGCCACGCGCCCGCGCUGCCCAACGUGCGCUACGCCACCACUCCGCCCGCCAUGGACGACGCGCACGUGCGCGACAUCGUCGGGCCGCCCGCGAGUGUGGAUCUGGUGACGGCAGCGCAGGCCAUGCACUGGUUCCACUUUGACCGCUUUGCUGCCAAUGUGCGCGCCGUGCUCAAGCCACACACUGGGGUCGUUGCCGCCUGGUGCUACACCCUGCCUCGUGUGAACCCGCGGGUGGACAGUGCGUUGGAUCGCUUCUACGCGCUCUCAGACCCCUUCUGGGAGCCGCAGAAGAGCUAUGUUGACCGCUGCUACCGGGACAUUCCCUUCCACUUCCAACCCUUGCCCCAGCUCCAGGAGCAGGGGACGGGUCCCUUGCGAUUCGAGUCCAUUGUGGAGUGGAGUUUCGAAGAUGUCAUUGGUUUUCUCUCCUCCUGGUCGGCUGUUGCUACUGCCAAGGCGAAAGGGGUGGACCUGUUGGCACCUGACGCGUGUGCUGAGUUGGAGGAGGCAUGGUUGGCUGAAGAAAGUGGUGGUGGGGAGGGAAGCAAGGAGAGGAGCUCUAGCGUGGUGCACAGGAGAGUUUGCUUCCCCAUCUUUAUGCGUGUAGGGACAGUUGAACCUUGA